AUGUCCAAUCACCAAAUACUCCCCCCGGCUCGGGAGAUGUCCGACUUCGAGCAACAUGUCUACGAAUGCACCUACCUCAUAGGCAAGAAAGCUGCCGAUGUCCGCUGGGAUGUCAACGCCAAAGAAUGCAACUUGCGCUUCGAAUCUGCAACCCGCGGUCCGCCCUCCAAAGCCGCAUUUACUUUCACUGUCACUCCCUCUCUCAGCAACACACUUGGAAGCCUGCACGGUGGGUGCGCGGCAACCCUUAUCGAUAUCCUCUCGACUACGAUCUUGUUAGGAGUCUCGUCACCCGGGAAGUUCGGAUUUGGUGGCGUGAGCCGUAACUUGAGGUUGACUUAUCUCCGGCCCGUGCCGAUUGAGACGGAGGCAAGGAUCGUGGUUGAGAUUGUGCAUGUUGGGAAACGGCUGGCGUUGCUACGGGCGGAGAUUCAAAACGCUGAAACCGGGGCUGUCUGUGUUGUUGGAGAGCAUGAAAAGGCGAAUACGGACCCGGAAGUUGACCAGAGGAUUUAA